AUGUUCCAACAAAGAGCCGCCCAACGCCUGCUCACCACCAUGCGCCCGUAUGUCGCGCGCCGAAUGAUCGCGACUCAACCUCCUAAGGCUGCACAAGAGACGGUAUCAAAGAGCGCAUUCUUCACUUCGGUCGUUGCAUUCAGCGGUGCGACAGUCAGGGAUACUGCCAAGAGGACUAGUAGCUGGCGCUUGCAUUGUGAUACCGAGGAGCUUUCUCUGAGGAGGGCAGGAUACCCAGGCGCAGAAAAUGCGCCUACAUAG